UGUUGUUUACAGCGUUGAUUCCACGGAGGAGAGAGCGACAGCAUUGAAGGCUGGAUUGUAGUGUGGCCACGGAGUAACGCUUCGGAGACCGAAAAAGGCAAAAACAGAUCUGUAUUCACCUUGCUGGCUUUAACGAAUGUGUUUGAUGUUCGUGUAAAAUCCAUCGGAUAUCUGUAAGCUCAAAAUCGUCAUUCCUGCGUGGCAAAACGGACACCGUUUUCAACUGCAACGCAGACCGACUGUGAGCGAGAGAGAAGACAGACAGAGAGAGGGAGGGAGAGGGAAAACAGGGGGUGCAGCUGGUGAAACCAUUUUUGUCCCGGCGGAUAUUUUGGAUCGAGGACCGUUGAAGAGGUUCAUUGGACGAAGAAGUAGCAUUUUCAUUCAUUUAUUAAAACCAGCCUUACUAUAGAAACCCCGGACCUGGCUUCUAAUUGUCUUCCACGUCCAAAAAAUCAAAACUGGUUUUAAGGAAAAUUGCGGAUGCAUGCAUUUGGGUCUGUUUUUCGGUCUGCUGCUGAAGAACGGUGGCUAGUUCGCUAGCUAUCAAGCUAGCUGAGUGUGCUUCUUCUCUGGUUUCUUAAGAAAUGGAGGCUGAAGAUGCGGAUUGCUAUCAGCCGAGUGAAAUCUGUGACUCGUGUGUUUUGAUAGCCACCCAAACAUCAUUUUAUCGCUGGCAAAAAUAACAAAACGUUUUAAAGUUUUUAUUUUUUAAAACAUACACAAAUUUUCCUCCUCAAAGAGGGGAAAACAUACUGGGCAGAGCUCACCCAGUGCUCAAGGCUAAACGCAAGUCCGCAUUACAGAAAAUUUGGCUAGCAGGCACAUCUUGACCAGUCGAAGGAGUCGCCAGCUAGCUGUCCGGCUAUAGUAGCUAGCUAACAGCCUAUCCAGCUAGCUAACGUUAGCCAUUUAGGUAUUUAUGCAUUUUUGGGUUUGUUAAAUCCACAGGGAAGUUUUUUUCCUGUUUAAUACGUUACGGCUUCAUUUUGGGGAGAAGACUACUGCAUUUAUUUGGAGAGGGAAUUCAUUUAACAGGAAUGAGGUCUGGAGGAGCAAAGGAUAAUUUGACCUUGUUUUGGGGUCUGCUGCUGUCAGUCUCUACGAUCUACUUGUGGCCCGCUAAUGGAGAAAUCUGCGGUCCGAGCAUCGACAUCCGGAAUGACAUCAGCGAGUUCAAGCGGCUGGAGAACUGCACGGUGGUGGAGGGCUACCUGCAGAUCCUGCUCAUCGGCGACAAGACCAGCAACCUCAACCAGGAGGUGUUCCGCACGCUCAGCUUCCCCAAGCUGACCAUGGUGACGGACUACCUGCUCCUGUUCCGCGUCUCGGGCCUGGACAGCCUCAGCACGCUCUUCCCCAGCCUGUCCGUCAUCCGCGGGCGCACCCUCUUCUACAACUACGCCCUGGUGAUCUUCGAGAUGACCAGCCUGAAGGACAUCGGCCUCCACAGCCUGCGCAACAUCACGCGCGGCGCCAUCCGCAUCGAGAAGAACCCCGAGCUCUGCUACCUGGACUCGGUGGACUGGUCGCGCAUCAUGGACUCGGAGUCCAACAACUUCAUCGCCGGGAACAAGCAGUCCAAGGAGUGCGGGGACCUGUGCCCGGGGGUGAUGGAGGACAACCGCUCGUGCAUGAAGACCAGCUUCAACGACAACUACAGCUUCCGCUGCUGGAACUCCAACCACUGCCAGGAAGUGUGCCCGGAGCAUUGUGGGAAGCGUGCGUGCACGGAGGCGGGCGAGUGCUGCCACGCGCAGUGCCUGGGCGGCUGCGCGGAGCCCGGCAGCGACGCGGCGUGCGCCGCCUGCGUGCACUACUUCCACGAGGGCCGCUGCGUGACGGACUGCCCGCCGGGCACCUUCCGCUUCGAGGGCUGGCGCUGCAUCACCGAGGACCUGUGCUCCCGCGUGCACCUGCCCAACGACUUCGACCGCUUCGUCAUCCACGGGGGCGAGUGCGUGCCCGACUGCCCCUCGGGCUUCACCCGGCAGGACAGCCACAGCAUGUUCUGCAGUGCCUGCGACGGACUCUGUGACAAGAUCUGCUACGGAAAGACCAUCGACUCGGUGGACGCCGCCCAGUCCCUGAAGGGCUGCACCGUCAUCAAGGGCAACCUCCAAAUCAACAUCCGCCGGGGCAACAACAUCGCCUCGGAGCUGGAGAGCUUCAUGGGCCUGAUCCAGACGGUGACGGGGUACGUCCGGAUCCGAUACUCCCACACCCUGGGGUCCCUGUCCUUCCUCAAGAGCCUGCGCCGCAUCCACGGGGAGGAGCUGCUGGAGGGGUUGUACUCGUUCACGGCGUUGGACAACCAGAACCUGCAGUUCCUGUGGGACUGGACCCAGCACAACCUGACCAUCGACGCGGGGAAGCUCUUCUUCCGCUUCAACCCCAAGCUCUGCAUCUCCGAGAUCCGCACUAUGUGGGAGAAGACGGGAAUCACCGAGAAGUUCCCGGAGCAAGAAUUCCGCCACAACGGGGACCGAGCCAGCUGCGAGAGCCACACCCUGAAGUUCAAGUCCAACAGCACCAUGAGCAACAGGAUCAAGCUCACCUGGGAGCGCUAUCGGCCCCCAGACUACAGGGACCUCAUCAGCUUCAUCGUGUACUAUAAGGAAGCACCCUUCCAGAACAUCACGGAGUUCGACGGGCAGGACGGCUGCGGCUCCAACAGCUGGAACAUGGUGGACGUGGACCUGCCGCAGGACAAGAGCAUGGACCCCGGGGUCCUGCUGUCCCCGCUCAAGCCCUGGACCCAGUACGCCGUGUUUGUCAAGGCCAUCACCCUGGUGGUGGAGGACAAGCACAUCCUGGGAGCCAAGAGCGAAGUGGUCUACAUCCGCACCAAACCCUCAGAGCCCACCAUGCCCCAGGACGUUCGCGCGUACUCAAACUCCUCCUCCAAGCUGCUGGUCAAGUGGUCACGCCCCGUCUCCCCCAACGGGAACCUCACCUACUACCUGGUGCGUUGGCAGCAGCAGCCCGAAGACCGGGACCUGUACCAACACAACUACUGCUCUAAAGAGCUGAAGAUUCCCAUCCGGAUUUCGGCCACGGAGGUGGUGGACAUGGAGGAGGACACCAAGCCCACCAAGUCGGACCCCGGCGGGACGGACAAAGGCCCCUGCUGCCCCUGCCCCAAGUCCGCCGACGACCUGAAGGCCGAGGCGGAGGACGCCUCGUACCGGAAGGUGUUCGAGAACUUCCUGCACAACGCGAUCUUCACCCCAAGGCCCCCGGACCGCCGCCGCCGGGACGUCUUCGGGGCGGCCAACGGCACCCUGCUGCACGGCGCGGGGGUGAACGGCACCGAGCCGGACGGGAACGGGACGGACGGGGAGCCGGUGGAGCGGGAGUACCCGUUCCAGGAGACCAUGGUGAGCGGGCGGGAGUGGACGGAGAUCUCGCACCUGCAGGCCUUCUCCGUGUACCGCAUCGACAUCCACGCCUGCAACCAGGAGGUCAAGCACUGCAGUGCCGCCGCCUUCCGCUUCUCCAGGACCAAACACGCAGACAAAGCGGACGACAUUCCGGGCGUGGUGACCUGGGAGCGGGUGGACGGGGCGGAGGGCUCGGUGUUCCUGAAGUGGCCCCAGCCCGUCAAUCCCAACGGCCUGAUCCUGAUGUACGAGAUCAAGUUCCACCUCAGCAACGAGCCGGAGAAGCACGAAUGCGUAUCCCGGCAACAGUACCGGGAACACGGAGGGGCCAAACUGAGCAUCCUGGGGCACGGGAACUACUCCGUCCGGAUCCGAGCCACCUCGCUCGCCGGAAACGGGUCCUGGACCGAGUCGGCGUCCUUCUACGUCCCCCCGCCCAAACCAGCCAAUGACAGCUUCCUGUACCUGAUGAUCAGCAUUCCCAUCGUGGUGCUGCUCAUCAUCGCCAGCCUGGUGGCCGCGCUCAUAGUGGUCAACAAGAAGAGGAACAAUGACCGGCUGGGGAACGGGGUUCUGUACGCCUCGGUGAACCCGGAGUACUUCAGCGCUGCGGAGAUGUACGUGCCGGAUGAGUGGGAGGUUCCGCGGGAGAAGAUCACUCUGUCUCGGGAGCUGGGCCAGGGCUCGUUCGGCAUGGUGUACGAGGGCAUCGCCAAGGGCGUGGUCAAGGACGAGCCCGAGACGCGCGUGGCCAUCAAGACCGUCAACGAGUCGGCCAGCAUGCGCGAGCGCAUCGAGUUCCUCAACGAGGCGUCCGUCAUGAAGGAGUUCAACUGCCACCACGUGGUGCGUCUGCUGGGCGUGGUUUCGCAGGGUCAGCCCACUCUGGUCAUAAUGGAGCUGAUGACCCGUGGAGAUCUCAAGAGUCACCUGCGGUCUCUGCGGUCCCAGGAGAACUCGUCCAGUCUGCCGCUGCCCCCGCUGAAGAAGAUGAUCCAGAUGGCGGGAGAGAUCGCGGACGGCAUGGCCUACCUCAACGCCAACAAGUUCGUCCACCGCGACCUGGCGGCCAGGAACUGCAUGGUGGCCGAGGACUUCACCGUCAAGAUCGGAGAUUUCGGCAUGACGAGGGACAUCUACGAGACGGACUACUACCGCAAAGGGGGCAAGGGCCUGCUGCCCGUGCGCUGGAUGGCCCCGGAGUCGCUGAAGGACGGCGUGUUCACCACCAACUCGGACGUGUGGUCGUUCGGGGUGGUGCUGUGGGAGAUCGCCACCCUGGCGGAGCAGCCGUACCAGGGCAUGUCCAACGAGCAGGUGCUGCGCUUCGUCAUGGAGGGAGGCCUGCUGGACAAGCCGGACAACUGCCCCGACAUGCUGUUCGAGCUGAUGCGCAUGUGCUGGCAGUACAACCCCAAGAUGCGGCCGGCGUUCCUGGAGAUCAUCAGCAGCCUGAAGGAGGAGCUGGAGCCGCCCUUCCGGGAGAUGAGCUUCUUCUACAGCGAGGAGAACAAGCCGCCCGACACCGAGGAGCUGGACAUGGAGACGGAGAACAUGGAGAGCGUGCCGCUGGACCCCUCCCCCGGGCCCCCGGGAGCCCAGGCCCCGCCCCCUCAGCAGCCCACCCCCACGCAAGGCCCCGCCCCCACGCAUCAGCAUCAGCAGCAGCAGCAGCAGCAGCCGCCCGCCGCGGCGGCGACGGGGACCCACCCCGCCCCUCCCCUCGCCUCGGGCCCCGCCUCCCCCUGCGCCUCCUCCCCGGCCUCGCCCGGCGCCGCCUCCUCGGACAAACGGGCCGGGCACGCGCCCGCCGCCAACGGGCCGGCGGUGGUACUGCGGCCCGCCUUCGAGGAGGCCCCGCCCUACGCGCACAUGAACGGGGGCCGCAAGAACGAGCGCGCCCUGCCGCUGCCCCAGUCCUCCGCCUGCUGAUCCAGGACAAGCCCCGCCCCCUCCCUCUGAGGGCAGCGUGUGAGUGGCUGCCCCAGUCCUCCGCCUGCUGAUCCAGGACAAGCCCCGCCCCCUCCCUCUGAGGGCAGCGUGUGAGUGGCUGCCCCAGUCCUCCGCCUGCUGAUCCAGGACAAGCCCCGCCCCCCUCCGUCUGUGUGAGUGAGCCCCUUUCCCCACUGUACCUCAGUGGGCUCUUUUUCACGUCUUUUCUAAUUAUUAUGUCAUUAGUACGAUGAGGAUCAAUAAAUAAACCUGAAGAAAAAACAAAAUCGCCCAAUAACAAAAAUGAGAACCCCCACCCAGCCCACCUAUUCGUUGCUGAGCGCCUCCAGAGGUGGGAUCCGCCCGGCAACAGCCGCAGUCUCGAGGAUCCGCCAACUCCUAUUUGUAGAACCCCUUUUAUAUAUGAAUAUUUUGUUUCUUUGGUUAUUUUUGGUACUUUUUUAAAGAAACAGAGGCACCUAACAGGGUCCCCGCUGGAGACUGAUGGGAUGGACGCUGGGAUUUGGGGGACAAAUCAGAGAAAACGAAAGGCCUCCCAUUCCACCCAACAGAAGAGUGUGUGCGUGUGUGUGUGUGCGUGCGUGUGUGUGUGCGUGCGUGUGCGUGCGUGUGUGUGGAUACUCGUGGGCACUCUGUACUUCGCCUGCAGGUCCUCUGCCCCGUUCCUGUCUCCGUCGACACGUACCUCGUACCGCGUGGAGGAGCGCCGGUCGGCCAUCUUGGCCCCCUCCUGGAUUACUCCUCACGCAGCGACCUUCAUCAGCGCGUGCAAAUCGAGGGACAGCCCCUUCCAGCGCGCUGACCAAUAACAGGGGUGGAAAAUGAGAGGGGGAAGGGUUUUAAAAAAAAAUUUUUUUUUGCCAAAUGCAUUUUUUUUCCUCUUGAUAAUUUAUAAUUUGUUACUUUACCCUCCUUAGAUUUUUUUCAUCCCCCAGCCACGCCCCAACCGCCCGGAACAUCGAAGGAAUGAAACUGCUCUAACACUCACACUUUACACUGGUGUCAUUUUUUAAAACUGUGGCGUUCCUUUUUUUAACUUCACUAUCGCGUUCGACGUUUAGAAGAUAACGUGUCUCCUCUUAUUCCCUCCCUCCCUCCCUCCCUCCUCUCUGUGGGGUUAGGGCGGGCGGGCCACCUUCUCAUUUAUUUCAUCAUCCGGGGACGAACGGCAACCAGAAACGAACAGGAAGCGCGGAUUCAAAAGAAAGAACCAUUGAAGACUUUGAAAUCGAGAAAGGAAAACGGUCCA